UUUGUCACAUCUUGACAACUGCAUAUUUCUAACGCUGAAAAAUCAGACGGUGGAAACCUCAAAGAAAAGAAGAUAAGCUGACAACAAGAAGACAGAGGCCGAAACAGUCUAAAGAAGACAGAAGACAGUUAAACUAUGCUCUCCAAACUACAGAAAACUAUUAGACCAGUGUGUGCAAUGAGGGGCAUACACAAGACCUCAGUGGAAGUUGUGGAGCAUCCAGCCCAUGAGAAAACAGUCACUGGCAGCUUUGGGAGGUUCAUCAGUGAGAUCAAGCCCCAACACCUGUCCUCCACGGUGCUCCACCGAAGUAAAAGGAUGGUGCUGGACAGCAUCGGAGUAAGCCUCCUCGGCAGCACCACGGAUGUGUUUGAACUGGCCCUCCAGCACUGUCUGUACAUGUACGCUCCUGAUGACAUCAGCUCGGUGUACGGACGCAGGGGCACAAGGCUUUCCCCAACACUUGCAGCCUUUGUCAAUGGAGUGGCGACUCACUCCAUGGACUUUGAUGAUACUUGGCAUCCUGCAACUCACCCCUCAGGAGCAGUCCUUCCUGCUCUGUUAGCCAUCAGUGACAUGAUGCCAAAGAACAACAAACCCAGUGGCCUGGACAUGCUGCUGGCUUUCAACAUUGGCAUUGAGAUCCAGGGCCGACUGAUGAGAUUCUCCAACGAGGCCCACAACAUCCCCAAGAGAUUCCACCCUCCCAGUGUAGUAGGGACCAUGGGAAGUGCAGCAGCCUCUGCCAGUCUCUUAUCUCUGGAUCGCUACCAGUGCAGCCAUGCUUUGGCCAUUGCUGCCUCUUUAGCUGGAGCCCCAAUGGCGAACGCUGCCACCCAGUCAAAGCCCCUCCACAUUGGCAAUGCUUCACGACUGGGCAUGGAGGCUGCUCUGCUGGCCUCUCGAGGUCUAGAAGCUAGUCCGCUGAUCCUGGAUGCUGUUGCAGGCGUUGCAGGCUUCAAUGCCUUUUAUGAAGACUAUGUGCCAAAAACUUUGAGCUCACCCAACGAAGGCCAUUCCUUCCUGUUAGAGGAGCAGGACAUUGGCUUCAAGCGUUUCCCCGCCCACCUGGGGAUGCACUGGGUGGUAGAUGCAGCCGCAUCUGUCCAUAAGCUUCUUGUUGGGGCUGAUUCUGGCACAGUUGCCCCUCACCAGGUCCAGGACAUCCUGCUCAGAAUCCCUCAGUCCAAGUACAUCAACAGACCUUUCCCUGAGUCUGAGCACCAGGCACGCCACUCUUUUCAGUUCAAUGCCUGCAGUGCUCUCCUCGAUGGUACAGUGAUGGUGCAAUCCUUUUCCCCUGCUGCUUUGAGGCGACCUGACCUGCUGGCGCUGUUGAGCCGUGUCCGUGUGGAGCAUCCCGACGACAACCCAGCCAACUUCGAUCGCAUGUAUGGCGAAGUCCAGGUGACGCUUGUUGGUGGUGAUAUUCUGAAAGGUCGCUGUGACACCUUCUAUGGCCACUGGCGCAACCCGCUGACCAGCGAGAGUCUGAGGGAGAAGUUCAGGGACAACGCAGGGGCAGUGCUCCCCCCAGAGAGAGUGGAGGGCCUGAUUGAGGCAGUAGAGGGGCUGGACAAACUUGGAGACUGCACACCCCUUCUCUUGUGUCUGCAGUGAACCCUCAGGGACAGUUAAAAGAAUAACAACAAGACAAUAAUUAUUGCACAUAAUAGGAACAUCGGGCACAAAAAUAAUAAUACCGUUAUUGUUUAAGUGCAUUUUCACAUAGCAGGAAUAUGACCUGGUGCUUGUGGGAGACAAGAACCAGAUAUACAAAAAGAUCACAUAUGACAAAAUCAUUAUUUUGACAAAAUAAAUUAUAAUAAUAAAGUCAAAGAUAUACGUACAGUACAUUCCUUAGCCUAAAUCUACCAUGCAUGAUAUAGAUAACACACACGCAUAUUACACUUUCAGCAGUAUCAGAAUUUGGACAUACAUUUAUGAAAUAUCUGUUUUAAUAGUAGAUGCUAUGCUCAACAAUAUCUAGAAUAUAGGUAUUUUGCAAAAUAUAGUUUUUCUAAAGAAUCAUGUAAAUUGUGCAUAUGUUUAUGUAUGCUGGGUGAUGGCAAUGUGUUUUAUUGUCCUUUUAUUGUACUUUUGCUUGCUGCAUUUCUUAGAAUCACUCUCAUUUGGAAAAAUAAAAAUUAAGUUCUUGUUGGUGUGAGGGCAGAGGCAAAGUGGGGUUAUUCUAUGUGGAAUUAUGUAAAGAAUCUAACUUAUUUAAAGCAGUCGUGAAGUAUUCCACUUUAUACUUUCUAUGUUUGAUGAUUGUUUGCACAUAUGUUCAUUCUGGGGCUGUGCCCAGUGUUCGUAAAUAUGAUUUCAGCAUGUAUAACUUACAAUACUUUUUUUUUUACUUUCACAUUUAUGUACUUUAUUAUUCAACGUGCUUAUUAUUCUCAUAUUGUCUUCAUUAAAUAAAAGAUUUAGAAGC